GUUGUUCGCGAGGCGGAAGCGGAGGGAGCCGGCAGGCGCUGUGGGAGCCUGUUCUGUCAACGCUGAAGACCUGUCCCGGCCAGGGCAUGGUUGUGGUGAGGUCUCUCGGGAAAAGGGCUUGAAUGCCGAAAGAGCACUUACGAUGAGAUGAUGCUGACGCAGGGCCCAAGUAGUCCAUAAUGGACAAUAAUGUGUACUACCCUCAGGGGCGUCAUACACUUUCAUAUCUGACCGACGGAUGUGUUCCAUCAGCGUGCGACUUUUCAGAUGUUAGUAUGUGACAGAGGAGGUUUUAGGGUGCGUAAAAAAAAAGCCACUAGUCCUGGAAGAAAACAAAAUGUCUCAAAAGCAGAUGAAGGAAGCAUUUGUCAGCAAUCUCAAUGGAACCAGCGUGCUGGAAGUGACCCAGGGCUUGUGCUUUCCUGCUUUCUGUAUUCUGUGUAGAGGCCUUUUGAUCAUUUUCUCACAGCACUUGUGUUCUUUCUCACACAACUGGAGCACACGAUUCCUCAUGGACUUUGUUGUCCUCAUAGUCCCCCUGGUGACCACUUUGACUAUAUUGUCUUCGUUUAUCUUCCUUGAGAAUCUUGUGGUAAUUGUCUGUGGGGCAUGGCUGUUAUAUCAGAUAUACCAGAGGAGGACUUGCUAUGCCAAAGUGCCUGUCCAGAAAGUCUUUGCCAACUUCUUGAAAAUCAGCCUAGAAUCAGAGUACAAUCCAGCCAUCACCGGUUACCGAGUCAUUAACAGUGUAUUUACUGCUAUUGCCAUUUUGGCUGUGGACUUCCCACUUUUCCCUAGAAGACUUGCCAAAACUGAGCUUUACGGAACAGGGGCCAUGGAUUAUGGAGUAGGUGGCUUUAUUUUUGGGGCUGCAAUGGUUUGUCCAGAGGUUAGAAGGAAAUAUGUAGAAGGGUCCAAAUUUAAUUAUCUGAGAAAAUCACUGUAUUCUGUCUGGCCGUUAGUCUUCUUGGGAAUGGGACGGUUAGUCAUUAUAAAAUCCAUAGGCUAUCAGGAACAUUUAACUGAGUAUGGAGUUCACUGGAACUUUUUCUUCACCAUCAUAGUUGUCAAAAUAAUAACAUGCCUUCUUUUGACUAUUUUUCCUUUAAAUAAGUCCUGGUUUGUGGCUGUCAGCAUUACUGUGUUAUACCAGCUAGCUCUUGACUUUACUCCACUCAAGAGGAUAAUUUUGUACGGCACUGAUGGUAGUGGCACAAGAGUUGGUUUAUUAAAUGCCAACCGAGAAGGAAUAAUUUCCACUUUGGGGUACGUGACAAUACACAUGGCUGGCGUGCAAACAGGGUUGUAUGUGCUUAAGAACAGAACACACAUCAGAGACUGGAUAAAAGUUACUUGUUGUAUUCUCUUAGUGGCUGUCAGCUUCUUCAUUUCUCUUUAUGUAGUUCAAGUAAAUAUAGAAGCCGUAUCUCGAAGAAUGGCCAAUUUAGCCUUUUGCGUGUGGGUGGUUGCUUCUAGCCUGAUGCUUCUUAGCUGUCUGUUACUGAGUGAUAUAAUUUUGAGUUUUGCCAAAUUUCUAAUUAAAGGGGCUCUAGUACCAUGUUCUUGGAAACUUGUACAGUUGCCUGCUACAAAUAAAAAACAUUCCGAACCUCUAAUCCUGGAAGCUGAAAAAAAAGAGCCCAGUCUUUGUUUAAUCACAGCCCUGAACAGAAACCAGCUGUUUUUUUUCUUACUGUCAAAUAUAACAACUGGUCUGAUUAACCUGACGGUGGAUACAUUACAUAGUGGUACCUCAUGGACCUUAGUUGUACUCAGUAUUUAUAUGUUUACCAACUGUUUAGUUAUAUAUGUACUUGAUUUACAAGGUAAAACCAUUAAGUUUUGGUGAUGAGUGGGGAGGCUAUAUGUAUUUAAACAGCAUUAUUGUAGUGGAGGAGAGUAAGUAUGAAGGAAAUGUGCUCUUAGCAGUCCAUCUUAACCAUAUUUUAUUACAGAGUUUCAAUCCUCUGUGACAGAAAUUAAACUUUACUUUUUCUUUGAGGAAAUCUCUUGCCACUGUAUCUGGAUGUGUAAUACAUUUCAACAUUAUGUAAAACACAAGUCUCACAGGGCAUUAGUCUCAGCAUGGGAGGCAGAGGCAGGCAGGUCUCUGUUUGUCUCUGAGUCCAAGGCCAAGCCUGAUAUGCCUGUUGAGUUUCAGGACAGCCAGGGCUGUGUAGAGAGACCCUCAGGAGGUGAAAAAAAGUGAAACAAAGUCUUGUGACUUAUUGGAACUUAUAAAAUGCCAGUAUUUUAAAGAACUUGUUCACAGGAUUUUGUCUGGAACUCACUGUGAUAUUUGUACUUCAGUCUCAGCACUGGGGUUUCUGGCAUGAGUCACCACACCCAACUUAGUAGUUUUGACACUGGAAGAUGGAUGGUGGGAUUUUUUACUUUCUGUAUGUCAUUAUGUCAUUGUAUUUGUGAUUGUCUAUAUGAAUAUAUAAUUGUAUGAUUAUGCUGUUUACAUUAAGAUAUUUGAGUUGUUUUUUAAGUUUUCUUUUUGUUAGGUUUAUUCCUUUUUUAUUUAUGUGUUUUCCCUGCAUGUGUGUGUGUGUGUAGCACAAGCAUACUUAGUGCCUGAAAGAAUUAGAACUUUAAUCUCCUGGGAACAAGUCAUUGAUGGGUGUAAAUGACCAUGUGGGUACUGGGAAUUGAACCUGGUCCUCUGCAGGAGUAAUAAGUGCUCUUAACCAUUUGAACCAUUUCUCCUGCUCCUUCAAUACCUCUUUUGUACUCAACUUUCAUCUUUUAAUAAAAUUUAGAACUAAAAAUCAAGUGUUCAAAACCAGAUAAAUCUGAAGUCAGAAAAAAUGUAAAUUCAAUAAAUAAUGAUUGAGUUGGA